AUGACAAUGGAACGUCUUCAAGCACUUCUCGCCUGCUUCCCCUGCGGCACAGAGGAGACAAAGCACGAGACCCACCCCAACGAGAAAGUAGCCUUACUCGCUGCCGCCAACGACAACCCACGUCCAGCUAUCGAGAUCGCAGACGACGUCGUCGAUGCCCUCCUCACUACUCACCUUACCGGUGCAGCCCUGCGUAUGCACCUCGACUCCCUCGUCGGCGCCUCCGGCUGGUGCACCAACAUUGCAAAGCGCGUCCUCGAGCGACUCACCACGGCCCUGCAGGCGUCUCACGAGAAACUCGGUCCCACCGUCCAUACCGCCUAUACCAAAGCCUGUGAAGCAGCACAAGCCAUUGAGGGUUUCGUCAUCGAGCACCCCGUAAUGUGUACCGUCAUUGCCCUGGGCGUCCUCGCCAUCAUCGCGCCGUGGGUGCUGGAAGCGCUCGGUUUCGCAGAGUUGGGGCCAAUCGAAGGCACCUUCGCUUCCUGGUGGCAGUCGACCUACGCUGGCCUUGUACCGAAAGGGUCGUUGUUUUCCUUUUUCCAGCGGCUGGGUAUGGUGAAGUGGCACUGGGUUGUUGGUUGA